AUGACCAUCAUCGUCAUCACCGUCACCGCCGUCAUCAUCACCAUCUGCGGCAUCAUCCUUAUUCCCCCACCUCUGAACAGAAGCAACAAGAAAAACACAACAUGUCGUCCCCACCCCCACAUCGCACAGAGGCAAAAAGACAAACACUACACACAUAAUCCGCUUUUCCAUGGAUGUUAUCACUCAUCUCCCCAUCCCCCCAUCCAUCCAUCCCCUGUACCCCAUCCCCCCACCCUCAAAAGAUUCUGGAAAACGAAAACGCACCCGACCGCCAAACCAAAACGCACCCGACGUGAAAGCAAAGAACGGAAGCGGAGCAGAGAGGAGGGCCCCUGUAAAUACCGAUCGAAAAAGCAUGCGAAUGUGCAAAAGCCUUGUUUUUCGCAGCACAUUGUCAAAACCGAUACGAAAGCCAGCCCAAUUUUUUCCACCAAACUGCGAUGUGCCAAGACUCGAGUUUUGGCACAUCCCAGCUCCGAAAUAGUUGCAGCCUUCGCGGCGGCAGAUGUGGCGGCUGCCAACAACAACAACAGCGACAACAGCAGCAGCAACGGCAACGGCAGCAGCAACAGCGACAGUGACAGCAACAGCGACAACAAUGGUUUUGCGGCCAGCCUCUGGUGCAGUGUGUAUUGUUGUUUGAAAAGAAGGAGUACAGAGCAUCCGCAGGUAGUGCUAUUUCAAGUCGCAGUACCGCACUUGAAGAGGCUGUCUUUGGAAGCUCGCCUUGAAGAACUAGGCGAGGACGUCGGACAUUUUCGCGAGAUGCUUCAUCAUCUUCAACAGUCGGAGGCCUUGAAACAAGGGUCUGGUGCCACAGCAGAUGAUCCAUCCAACCGAGCCCAGCAACAGCUUUCUCUUCUUCUGAAGAGACUUCAGAAGUGGAACGAAGAGGUGAAGAGCGUCGACAUGGAGCAACUCUUCGAGGUGUCUGCAAUCGACGCUCGUAUUGAGAAGACGAAGAUCGAGUCCGCACAAGCCACGAAGAAGGUUGAAGAGUGCCAGCAACAGCUGCUGGAGGCCAAAGACGAAAGUCAGGUGACGCUGUUGUAG